CAGUCAUCCCAUCUCCUCACUCAUGAAAUCAUGCAGCUGAAUAAUAAUGUGACUGAGUUCAUUCUGCUUGGGUUGACCCAGGAUCCCGUUAGAAAGAAAAUCGUAUUUGUCACUUUCUUGCUUUUAUGUCUGGGGACACUGUUGGGUAACUUUCUGAUUAUUACUACUAUCAAGACCAGCCAGGCACUUGGGAGUCCAGUGUACCUCUUCCUUUUCCACUUAUCCUUAUGAUGCCUUUCUACUUCAACAGCCCCUAGAGUGAAUGUGGAUGCCCUUUUGAAGAAGGCCACUAUCUCUUUCAAUGAAUGUAUAGUCCAAGUCUUUUCAUCCCAUUUCUUUGGCUGCCUGGAGAUCUUCAUCCUUAUCCUCAUGGCCGUUGACUGCUAUGUGGCUGUCUGUAAGCCCCUUCACUACAUGACCAACAUGAGCCAUUGAGUCUGUGGUGGGCUGAUGGCCCUGGCCUGGGUGGGGGCCUGUGUUCAUUCUUCAGCUCAUUUUCUGUCCUUGAGUUUGCCUUUCUGUGGUCCCAAUGUGAUUGAUCAUUAUUUUUGUGACCUGCAGCCUUUGUUAAAGUUUGCCUGUACAGACACCUAUGUGACCAACCUACUCCUGGUGUCCAACAGUGCCAUAUGCCAAGGGAGCUUUGUUGUGCUGAUGGCCUCCUAUGUUGUUAUCCUGCAUUCUCUGAGAAGCCACAGUGCUGACGGGAGGAGAAAAGCCCUCUCCACCUGCAUCUCCCACAUCAUCAUGGUCAUCCUGUUCUCUGGUCCUUGUAUGUUUAUAUACACACGCCCUGCAACCACCUUCUCCGUGGAUAAGAUGAGAGCUGUGUUUUAUACACUUGGAACACCUUUGAUCAACCCUCUGAUAUAUACUCUGAGAAAUGCAGAAGUGAAAAAUGCCAUGAGGAAAUUGUGGAGCAAAAAGGUGAUCUCAGAUGACAAAAGAUGA